AGCUUCAUUGAGUCUUAGCUACAGAUCGCGAUUGACAACGCCUCACAAAAUUCUGAAUGGGCAAGACUUUGCGACGUUUGGGAGCGCAAUCUUGAAGCAGUUUCUCGUCGUCUGUGACUACCGUCCCAGACCGCCCUCGACCGCAACGGCUCAUAUAUGUUCUGAGCUGCUUGACGACGAAGAGGAGCUCCUUGUCGCAUAGCAAGCGAACACAACGUGCUCUUAUUUUUGCCCGUUCCUGUCAUUUCGGUAUGGUCGCAGGACUGAGUAGUGGGCUAUGGAGUGUUCUCACUCUCUUUGGCUUGUUCUCAUCGCAAGACCAAGCUAUUCACGAGCAGUCAACUUCCUCGGCUGGUUCUCGUCUCGUCAGCCAUUUCCCGCCUGACGAUACGAAGAAUCUCUCGAGCUCUUUCCCCACCGCCGAUGUCGUUGGCUAUCCUGGCAAUACUUCCCAAGGUGCAGAAGCCUUCCUGAUCAAUGAUGCACCCGCGUUCGCACUUCCUCGGAUGCACUAUACUAAUCCUCUCGUCUCCCCCAAGCCGACUGACUCAGGCGUCGACACAGAUUUUAAGCCAAUCAGACACUGGGCGAACCUCAGUCCGUGGAGAUCGCUCAAAUCGCUCGGGGGGCUUCACAAGACCAGCCCGCACGUUCCCACUGGCUGCGCGCUCGAACGCGUCCAUCUCCUGCACCGACAUGGCUCGCGUCAGCCUACAAGCGAUGCCCCCCCUGCACAAUUUGCAGAAAAGAUCGCAUCUGCUGCAAAGAGCGUCCAAGGCUUCAAGGCCACGGGAGAUCUCGCAUUCUUGCAUGACUGGCAGUACAAGCUCGGCAGCGAGUCAUUGAGCCGACAUGGUGCACAGAUGAUGUUCAAUCUGGGCGUAGAGUUCCGCUUGCAAUACGGCAGUCUGCUCAAUAAUUAUUCCCAUUGGAACACUCUGCCCGUUCUUCGGACGGAGAGCCAGAACAGAAUGCACGAGUCGACGCUCAACUUCGCCGCUGGCUUUUUCGGCUUACCUUUGCGUCCUGACGUUGACUACCACGAAUCGAUCAUGAUCGAAAACAAAGGCUUCAAUGCGUCGCUGAGCCCGUACUACGGCUGUCCCAACUCGAUGAACGGCACCAACUCGAAGCUGGGUAAUGAGGCAUCGGCAGAUUUUGUCAAGCGAUACGCUACGCCUCUUGCUGCCGAGUUUAACGAGAUGCUCGAAGGACUGCAACUCAAUGCAACGGACGUCAACGCUAUGCAGUUCAUGUGCGCCUACGAUACAAUCGUUCUCGGCUGGUCUCCUUUCUGCUCGCUCUUCACUGCACAGGACUGGCGCAACUUUGAGUAUGCAAUCGAUCUGUCGCUUUACUACAACAGUGCAUUCGGUGGACCUUACUCUGCCGCACUCGGCAAAGGCUACCUCGAGGAGUUUUGGUCGAGACUGUCGGGUCACCGCAUCACGCAGAGCGCUUCUUCCAUCAACACGACGCUGACGGGCAAUCCUGAUACGUUCCCAAUCGAGAAGCAGUCGAUCUUUAUCGACGCUACCCACGAAGUCGUCCUUGCAGAGGUCCUGACUGCGCUAAACAUGACCGCUCUGGCGGGCAAUCUGCCGAUUGACCAUGUCGAUAAACACCGCAAGUGGCAAUCUUCCAAACUGCUCUCGAUGGGAACGCAUCUCGUCUUCCAGGAGCUUGCGUGCAGUGCCGAAUCGAACGCAGGCAAGGAAGAUCGAUACGUGCGGGCAAUUCUCAACGAUGCGGUGCUGCCGUGGGGCAUAGUAGGGUGUGAGGAACAGCAAGACGGUCUUUGUGCGCGCGAUACACUCAUCAAAGGACUCGAGGCUCGUAUUCAGGAGAUCGACUUUUCUGUAUGCUUCCGCGAUACGCCGGAGAUCAAGCCUGGCGAUGUCACCAAUGGCCGAUUCCUCUAAUUGCAUACUGUUUGACUCACAAUAAACGUCCGCUUGCAGGGUAGAUCUGCUUUGGAAAGCCCUCCGAGCAAGUUGUAAAGGCGUGGCAAGACACACGAGCGAGGAGGAGCAGCUCGUCACGUGCAUUGCAUUCGUGCAGCCGUGACGCGGGUUUAAUCUUGGCCGGCAUUCCGCGCGCCUCGUCCGGGCCCCGCUUACUAGCGCUGACUGUCCUA